AUGGAGCUCAAGAGAGGAAAAACUUUCAUAAAAUCCAGUGUGCAACAUGAGAAAGUGCCACCAGUGCAUACAGUUUCUAUCAACAAAGAUGAUAUGGGGAAAACCAAAAACGCAGCUCUGGAGGGAAACCAAAGUGUAGCUGAAGUCCAGCUGGCAUGUUUGGCUACGCACAAGAACUACAGAAUUUCUACCAGAGCAGCAAGGAAUGGAGCUGGUGACAACAGCCUGGAAAAAUCAUUUGGGUCCUCCUACAAAUUUGUAAGGAAGAGUAAAACCCAUGACUGCGUUACUGAGGCAGACAAAGCAGAGCACUGCAGCCUCAGCAGCAGGGCUUGUGAGGAAGGUUUUCCUGGAAAGGGUAAGGGGCGACUUGUCAAUAGCAUCAGCUUUUCAGGGAUGUCCAGCUCCAGCAGUAAGAAACAGUGUGUGGUCAGCCCCAGCCAGUCUGUGUGCAGCAGUCAGAUGAUCGACUACAGGAACUUUGUGCCACAGAUGCCUUUUGUACCAGCUGUCGCAAAAACCAUUCCCAGGAAGAGGAUUUCCCUCAAGAGAUCUAAGAAAGGGCUCAGAGAUUUAUUUCAUAUAAAAAAACCCAAACCAGACAGCCUCACAUUCCUGGUUGAGAAGGAAAAGAAUCUGUCCUCUCCAGGCUUCAAGAGUGAGUUGUCCGGGCGUCUUGCAAAGUAUCUUUUCAAAACCGGAGAAACCUUUGCAGCUGAUUGCUUGUCACAAGACUGUUCAGACAGCGAACUGCAGUCUGACUCUUCCUACGACUGCUGCAACACCCUGUGUGAAGAUGUUGCUUCACUGAAGAGCUUUGACUCCCUCACUGGCUGUGGGGAAAUCUUUGCUGACGAGAGCUCUGCACACCUGGAGCUGGAGAACAGCAAAGAACUUCUGCUGAGACGAAGCAAGCACAAAGACAGCCCUGUCAUGGGCUCUUUCCAAGGGGGUGUGGAGCAGCUGGCCUCUCCUGGCCAGAAUGAGACUGUUGAAUUUGCAAAGUUUUGGGACAACAUCAACAAAUCAGUAAGGCUACAUCAGAGUGCUCUGUUUGAUAAGAAGUUACUGAAGACACCUGGUCCUGAUGUGGAAAAGGCUAGAAGCCAGGCUGCUGCAUCUGUGACAGACCCCCAAGUGUCACCUGAUAAAGAUGGUGACAAUUCCAAAGAGAGCUCCACAGAAACAGGAACCCCGAAAAGUGACAACCAGGAGUCCACAUCCACAAGUGAUGAAGGCUACUAUGAUUCAUUCUCUCCUGGACAAGAUGAUGAAAUGAAGGAAGCUGAGACCCCUGGGGUCCCAGGUAGAUUUCCAAGAGACAGCUACAGUGGCGAUGCCCUUUAUGAGCUCUUCUAUGACCCAAAUGAAGUCAAAAUAAACCCAGUCCUAGAUGAAGACUUGUGCACAUCUGAAAGCAUUUCAGAACAAGCCAUUGAAAUCCCUUUGUCCAUUUACAGCUUUCAUGUUGGAGCCGAGGAGAACAUGGCUUCCCAACCAGCUCUAGACAUUAUCAGCCAGGGUUUUUUCCACAGCACAUGGAAAGGUAAAGAAUGUUUGCUAAAGCUCUGCGAUACCGAGCUUUCACUGACCAUGGGGAUAAUAAACUGGCUGCGAAAACACUCAGGACUCAUUUCCUCACCUGACUCUCUUCGGAGUCCUCAGUCACAGCCAGAAAAGUCUAAUGAUUCAUCAAUCCUGCCCAGCCCCACUGCAGAGCAGAAAGUGAGCACAGAGGCCCAGCAGGAGAAACCAAGCAAGGAAGAAUCUGAUACAUUCAAGCUGUGUGUGUCUUUGGAUGAAAGCAAACAUGCAACCCAGGCCACUUCAGUAAAUAUUGCUGAAAGAGACUGCAGCCUGGACUCUUGCCCUAACACAUCUAAUUUGGAUUUGCAAGGGAGGGAAGGGAGUCACCACAAGCAUUCAUCUACAGUGCAUGGGACUGCAGAAACCACCACAUCAUCAAGUUAUGCACCACAAUCACAGGAUGAUGGAGACAAUCUGCAGACAUCUUCAACUCAGAAUGAGAAGAUGACAAUUUCAGAAGGAUGUGAGACAUCCAGAGAUAAAAACCCACUGCCAGAAAACCUGAACAGAGACAGUGGGACCCAGAGCUCUGGAAACCCUUCAUUAGAUGAUGAUCAUGAAGUAGAAUCAUGUUACUCCUACAAGACUGCUGUGACCUCACUCCUGGAUCCCCUUGGGAGGGAGGACAGAAAUAAACCGAUGUAUCACUCACUCUCUAUUUCCUGUGACAAAACACUGCAGCCUCUUACUCCCAGACGCUUCCAGAGCUACAUUAGCCCCACACCAACGGAGAGCAGCACUAACAUAGUGCAGCUCUUAGAGCACUGUGUAACACAAGUGGCAUCAUUACAAAUCAGCUAUGAAAACAAGCACCUGGAAGACAAAUGCAUCGGGAAUGAAAUGAACAAUAUUAUUCGUAAGAUGUCUCAGUACAAAAACAAGUUAUUGUUGCAAAAUGAACGCAACUGCAUUGCCCGCAAACCAGAAUACUCCAGUAUUCCUAGCACAAACCAAUACAACUAUGAGACAAGUUUCCAAUCCAGCAGUCUGUAUCAUUCGAAGCAAAAGGGGGAGCAAAUUUGCUCUGAAGACCAGAAAAGUAGAGCAAAAAUCCUAGAUGGUGUUACUAGAAGCAAGAUAAAUUUUGAAUAUGCCCAGCUAAACAAUCAAGCCCUCUCCUAUUUGAAAGACUUUACAUUUGAUCUCAGUCCAAGUGACUCUGCCCCUGCUACGACUCUUAGUAGACCAACAUUUUUACCUCUCUUUAACUCUGUCUGCUCAGACACACCUGUUACUUUUUCACAAGCUUCAUACAGCACCACAGUGUCUCUAGCUGACUCGCUGCAGCCUAAGGAGGCCAAGCAGAGCAGCACAGCGCCACGGAGUUAUGCAGAGACCCCCUGCAGGGGCCUCUCUGGAGGGAGUGCUCUGUCCCCUCACCCAGAGGUAGCGGCCCCGGUCACAGCAGUGACAGGGAGGAACCACUAG